AUGCUCGACGAUCACCAACAGAAGGCUGCACUAGGGAUUGUGGUUGCGUUCGCAGCCCUAGGUGGUAUUGCGGUUUUACUUCGACUCUGGAGUCGACGCUUAACACGAACGGCCCUAACGAGUGAUGACUACUUAAUUCUGCUGGGAUAUGUAAGAGCGUCGGUUCUCGAAGCAACGGGCUGUGCUGAUAUGUAUAGAUCUUUGCCGUCUGUCAAUCGGUCACUUCGUGACAUCAAAACCAACUAUGUCGGUAUUCACAUCUGGGAUGUCCCGAAAACAUACAAUCCCACACCCGGUCUGGUGUGGAAUUUCGCCAACCAAAUCAUUUACAACCCCGCUCUAUCUAUUGUGAAAGUCUCGAUGCUGCUAUUCCUCCAUCGACUCAAUUCCCAGUCGCGCGUGGUGCGAUACCUCAUCUGGGCUUCAUUGGCAACAGUGAUCACCCUCUGUCUGGCAGUCCUCUUGGUCGACAUCUUCCAAUGCACGCCCGUCGCAUACGUAUAUGACAUGUCAAUUCCGGGUGGAAAAUGCAUCGACCAAGGCGCAUUCUACGUCUCGACCGCAGCAUUGAACCUCACCACCGACAUCAUGGUCCUCUCGAUUCCUAUAAUUAUCACAGCCCGCCUCCAGAUGCCCAUGCGACGCAAAAUCGCCGUGUGUAUCAUCCUAUGCCUGGGUGCAGUCGCCACUGCAAUCGGAGUCUGGCGAAUCAUCAUCCUCGCCCAAGGCUUCAUUGCCAAAAUCGAUAACCCAGACCCUACAUACUCAAUUGGCUUCUGCAGCUCAGCCAUCGAAGUAAAUCUAGCUGUGAUAACCGCCUGCGGACCCUCCCUCAAAGCAAUCAGCACGCGAUACCUCCCCAAAGUCCUCGGAAGCUCACGCAGAGGCACCAAAACCGGUUAUGGAACCGGCACGGGGACUGGGAGUCGCGGACGAAAAUUCCCCAUGACGAAUAUGUUCAGCAAAUCCGCGACACAGCACAAGUCGUUACAUUCGAGCGCGGCUGGAUACGAGAUGGCGGAUCCGCUUGGGGGACCGAGGUUCGAUGUGGAGGCUGAGGGCUUUGAUGCGCAUAAAUAUGGAAGGAAAACGAAGACUCCGAGUAUUGAGUCUGAGGAGAUUCCCGGGAUUGUGAGAACUACUGAUAUCACGGUGGGAUAUAGUGUUGAUCCGGCUGAUGCAGGGGCUAAUCGGUUGGAUGGGAAGAGGCCAGCCAGUGCAGAUAGUAUGUUCUGA